AUGCCUCUGUCUCACGUCCUCCUGACCCGCACUCCGUCCUCACUCCUCCCCCUUCCAUUCCCUUCAGCACGUGGGGCGAGGAGGGCGAGGGGGCAGCGCGGCGGGGCAGCAAGAGGACUUCUCUGCUUAACCCCUGCCUUCCUUUCCUUCAGUCAGGGCUUCACGUGGGGCGAGGAGGGCGACGGGGCAGCGCGCGCGCAUCAAGAGGCGUCCCUCUGGUUAACCCCCCCCUUCCCUUCCCUUCAGCAUGGCGGGCAGCGUGGAGACGACACGGCGGGCGGCACGGGCGGAGGUGAGGUUCUGCUCCAUCGCUGCAGCGGGAUCUACUCGUGGGGCGAGGAGGGCGAGGGGGCAGCGCGCGCGCAUCAAGAGGCGUCCCCCUGGUUAACCCCCCCCUUCCAUUCCCUUCAGCAUGGCGGGCAGCGUGGAGACGACACGGCGGGCGGCACGGGCGGAGGUGAGGUUCUGCUCCAUCGCUGCAGCGGGAUCUACUCGUGGGGCGAGGAGGGCGAGGGGGCAGCGCGCGCGCAUCAAGAGGCGUCCCCCUGGUUAACCCCCCCCUUCCAUUCCCUUCAGCAUGGCGGGCAGCGUGGAGACGACACGGCGGGCGGCACGGGCGGAGGUCGACUCGUGGGGCGAGGAGGGCGAGGGGGCAGCGCGGGGCAGCAAGAGGCUUCUAUCUAA